AAGACUCAGGUAAAAAUUUGCAUUGUAACAUUAUACAAUACAUAUCUUCAUAACUUCUUCAUCCUCAACGCCAUCAGCGACCAUGAUCUCUCGUCCUGUUCUGAUACUUCUGCUGGUUUUUGGCUGCCUGCAGUACUACGCAAUGGGCAACACUGCAAAAGGACCAGAGGACUGCUGUUUCAAAUUCUUCCUGAAGCCGAUACCUGUGAGGGCCAUUCAAAAGUACGAGAAUACGAGCAACGACUGCCCGAAAAGUGGAGUCAUUUUCACUACCCAGAAUUCCAGUCGCAUCUGCGCGGACCCAGGAUUUAAGUGGGUGCAGCGGGCCAUUGAUUUAGUCGACCAGCGCAUGUAUGAUAACUAAACUAAACUCAGCCCUGCUGUUUAAACCCAUUUACCG